AUGUCAACUCGUGACAGACAGCAAGGACAUCAUUACCGGUUAAUCUACUGGUCAUUAACUGAUUCACCGCGCCCUACCCCGGAGGAACCAUCGCCCGCUCUGAGCUCAGGCAGAGACGUCGUCCACGCCCAUGGUGCUCUUCUCCCUGCGCAUCCGCGGUGCGUCAACCCCGGCUCGAGCGUGAGCUGGGACGAGCUCACGGGCCACGGCGUGGGCGGAGCAGGCCGCAGCACAGACAUGCGGCUGCAGUGGGCGAGCAGGGCGUCUCCCACUCUACGCGGCCCGGGCGCGGGUACGACGAUGUUGGCCGUUGCGUGUGAAGCAGGGCAUGGUCGUGAGCGUGGUCGUUGCGCUCGCGUGUGUGGCCGUGGCCGCGAGGCUGGCGCUGUUGGCUAUGCGUACUGGGUGACAAUACCUCCGUUUCUUGAGCUGGAGCGCGAAGGCGAAGAACACGCUAUGCGCACGAUGGGCCGUGGUUCUGGGACAUUCCGCCGGCAUACACACCAUGGGGAAUACAUGCCAGGGUUUGGGUCCAUCUCGGAUAAGACGCCCCAUGACUGCUACCACCCACCACUACUUAAUCGUCGUAGAAAGAUGGACAUCUCGCCCAAUGAGCUGGCGAUUCUCACUGUUGUCUUACUUGCCACCACAGUGCUCUUCUACGCCAAAGGUACUCGGCGUGCGCCCUUACCGCCUGGACCUCGUGGUAUUCCGUUCUUCGGCAACUUGUUCCAAGUGGAUGCGAUGCGCCCCUACCCCCAGUAUCUGAAGUGGGCGGACAAAUAUGGCCCUGUCUUCUCUGUCAACCUGGGCGGCCAGCGCAUCGUCGUGUUGAACAGCUCCGAAGCGGCGGAUGAGCUGCUCAUGACGCGCAGCAAGCAGUAUUCGAGCCGCGAGUCCCCGCACGUCGCGUUCGAUCUCAUGAGCGACCAGCAGCAGAUGUUGUUCAUGCCGUAUGGAAGAGAGUGGAAGAUUGUCAGGAAGAAUGUUCACGGCGUUCUUGGCCCCGGCCCGUCCAAGCAAAUGCGUAAGAUACAAGACCUCGAGUCCCGUGUUAUAUUGCACGACCUGCUCUGUCACGGUGAGACGAGCAUCACAGAGGACUUCGUCGAGGGACCGCACGGGAAGGUGCCGGAGAGGCAUUGGUUCUCUAUCAUAAGACGAUACACGACCAGUCUAAUGAUGACUCUUGUGUAUGGCCGUCGUAUCCAUCGCAUUGUUGACAAUCCGGAGCUGGUGGAUGUAUUUCCUAUCCUACGUCGACUACCCGACUUUCUGGCCCCAUGGAGAGAAGAGGGGAGGAAGAUGCAUGAAUGGGAGAUGGGCUUCUGGGGGAAGCUGUUCUCUGACAGCCGCACUGCCUUGCUCGACGGCUCCGGGCUCAACGGAUUCGUUCAGUCCUAUCUGCGUUCACGUGCCGAAGCGGGACACGAGGAUCUGCCUGGAAAGGGUGUCACAGAGGACGCGGCAGGAUGGAUGCGCGACAAGCUUGUCACAUACACCGCCUCGGGAAUCAUCGAGGCUGGCUCAGACACAACCUCAACCGCGAUCUUCUCAUUCGUACUGUUGAUGCUUAGCAACCCGGAAGCUCUGCAGCGUGCUAACGAGGAGAUGGACGCGGUGGUAGGCUCUAGCCGGAUGCCCGAAUGGGAAGACGAGGAUAGGUUGCCCUGGCUCAAAGCCUGCAUCAAGGAGACGCUGCGACGCGCACCCCCGGUUCCCUUGGGUGUUCCGCACAAGACGGAAGAGGACGACAUUUACAAUGGCCAUCUCAUCCCCAAAGGAUCCAUUGUGAUUGGGAACAUAUGGGCCAUCCAUAUGGAUUCCGCUCGGUACCCUGACCCAUCCGCAUUCAAGCCGGAGAGGUUCUACAAUCCAAACGGAAAGCUGGAGUGGGCCAGUGGUCCGGACACCCAUGUUCGCGACCACUACAUAUUCGGGUGGGGCAGACGCUUCUGCCCAGGAAAAUAUGUUUCAGAGGCGUCGAUGUUCAUUGUUUUGUCCCGUCUCAUCUGGGGCUUCGACCUUUACGCAGCGUCGGAUGCGAAGACUGGCAAAGUGAGACUGCCUGAUGUCGACGACGAGGCCACGUUCACGGACGGGCUUGUGGCUGCCCCGAAGAUUUACCCCGUUGGAUUCAAGCCACGGUCCGAGAAGCAUGCCGAGAUGAUCAAGGCAUCGUAUAGAGACGUUCAGAACGACUGGCAGUCAAUGGGGCUGGCUAGAGAUGAGCGGUGA